AUCCGUUCAUUGUCCUUAGCAGAACCCCAACCGACAGACCUCUUUGGCCCAAUCCCUUACCCCCUUUACUGCAGGUAGAAGACAUCAUAUCUUUUUCCGAAAGAAGUCUUAAAAGCUCCGAAAUUCGAAUUACUGCAAAUAAAAUUGAAGAAUUCUAGAUUGAUUCUGAAAGUAAAAUUACAAAUUCGAGUAUUAAUUUAUCUUUCUUGAUCUGGAAUUUCGUUUGUGCAAUAUAAAUCUCAUUAAUUUCUUAGUGGGUUUCGGGUUUUGAUUUUCUGGAAUUUGAAAACCUAAAGUAUCUAAUUCUUCGAGAGAUAAUAAAGGGGAAAAUUUAUCUUUCAAAAUUAUUGUCUGCCGUUUUUAGGGUUUAUUUGCAUUUUUUUGAUUUUUUUUUUUUUCGAUUGACAUAUAUCGAAAUGAAUGAGCAAGCUUCAACGAUGAUGAAUUCGCAAUCACAACGGCGGCAGCAUCAACAAAUGAUGGCCAUGGCCAUGAAUCAGAAUCAAAUGAUUGGCAUGAGCCAAAUGAAUACGCAACCGCAGCGGCAGAUGGCUAUGAAUCGGAGCCACGGAAAUUGGGUCCCACCGUUGGCACAACCACAAUUCCAGAACCCUAAACCUAACACGAACCUUGUAGGUAUGAAACCACCCCCAUCUGUUACUUCCAAUAAGUCAUCCAGGCAAUUGGGGUUGGGUCCAAGGAGCAACUGGAAGGGGAAGAAGGUAGGUAAGCCGUACGACAAGAGGCGGAAUGACCAGCAGAAACCCCUGAUGCCUGGCCCUAGUAUUGGUCCUUGUGGUAGUGGUGUCAAUGUUAUCAGUGGCAGUGGGCAUAAGAAUUUUAAUUAUAACCCUCCAACUUUGAAUGAACUGCAGCAUCAGAAUAAGUUGAAGGCACGGAAAUUCUUCUCCAAAAAGAAUUUCAAUAAGAACAAUAACAUGAAUUCGACAAUGGGUAGUAAUAAUAAAAGGUUUGCUCCAUUUGCUCCAAGGAACACGACCUCUUUUCUUAUAAGGGCUAAGAAGAGUGGUGGGAUUGCACCGUUGGUUUCUCCAUACCCAGUGACUCCUGCAAUUUUGCCAACUCCAAUUUUCUCUCCAUCGCGGGAGGUUUUAGUGGAUAUGGCGAAGGAAGAGUGGGGUCUUGAUGGUUAUGGUUCAAUGAAGGGGUUGAUUCGGUUGAGAUCAGCAGGCCAUGAAAUGGAGGUACAUGAAGACGAGGAGGAAGAUGAGGGAGGGUCAAGCGAGAGUGAUUUGGAGGAGCAUGUUGAGGUCGAGAGGAGAUUAGAUCAUGAUUUGAGUCGUUUUGAGAUGACAUACAAACCAAACAGUGUUGGUGUUGGUGGACUUGAAUAUCAGAAUAAUUUGUUGGAGAAUAAAAUGGAUGAACAGGAUGCACACAUUGAACAACUAGAAGAAGAGAAUUUGAUUUUGAAGGAUAGGCUGUUCCUGAUGGAGAGGGAGCUGGGGGAUUUGAGGAGGAGGUUGCAGGGUCUUGAGAGGCCGGAACACGAAGUUGGGGGGGAGAUUAAUGAAGAGGUGAUGGAGAAUGACUCAGAAAAUGAGAGCAGUAGUGACGGGGAUGAGACCCAUGCCAUAGAGGAGAAUUAUGUGGAUUUGGGCGAGUACAAUCAGGAAGGUGGGAGUUCUAAAGGGAAUGUCGAAUCAAAUAACAAUAAUGAAGGUGUAGAAGCAGCAGCAAAGCCUGUGCAAAAUUUUUUAGUGGACGUUGAAGUGAAAAUGGAAACAGAUAAGAUCGAGGAGAACCUUGCAGAUGUAGAAGUAAAGGAAGUGAAAAACAAUUAUGAAUUUGUUGAAACUAAUAAGGGUGCAGAGAACUUUGCAGACAUUGAUGGGAAAGAAGAGACUAACAUUGAUGAAAACAAUCAGGAUCACGUAGGAGUGGAGACGGUUGGUAAUGUUCAUGUUGAGGUAUCCGAGCCUGCGGCACGAGGAGCAAAUGUUUUUAUGGAAUUGGUUAGGCAAGCAGGGGAUAAAGAGAUGACAGAGUAUUAAUGUUGACCAUCCGAGCCUAUGACAGUAGGAGGAGAUGUUUGUAUGGACAUGGAUUUGCAUGCAGCGGAUAAAGAGAUUACAUGGAAGUAUGUUGAGGACUGAGGCAUUGGCAGAGGAAAAUAAGUGCUCAAAGAAGAGCAUUGGCAGUA